AUGGCGGCACGUGGUCGCACUCGCAAACCGAUUCCAGAAGAAGGCCCGUACAAGGCAUUUGUUGGGAAUUUACCGUUCGAUAGUGUGCAAGGGGAUAUCGAUGCUAUUUUCAAGGAUUUAACGGUAGCAAUUUGUCCGCUUCAUUUUAAUCCUCAUAAAAUAUCGAUCCGUGAAACGCGUAUGAUGCGUGAUCAUGAGUCGGAUCGUUUCAAGGGUUUCGCUUAUGUGGAAUUCGCCACUCGCGAGGAUUUAGAGCGCGCACUGGAAUUGGAUGGAUGUAUGUUCGAUAACCGUGUGCUGCGUAUAGAUGUAGCAGACGCACCUCGAGGUCGUAGUGGGAAUCGAGGAGGUUUUGGGGGACGUGGUGGAGGUCGCGGAGGGGGAUUUAGAGAUGAAGGGCGUGGAGGGCCGCCAAGUUAUGAACGGCAGUCGUUAGAUCGGUCAGAUCGAGGUGGUGCUCAAGGAGGGUUCAGCGGUGGUCGUGGAGGGAUGAUGCGAGGUGGUGGGAGUAGGAGAGGACCCGGGGGUGGCUCAUUUCCUCCGCCGGAAGAGGAAUUCGUCGCACAUCCAGCGGAACCAGGACGUCCGCGUCUGCAGCUGAAACCGCGCACCACGGAUCCAGAAGAGCUUGAAAGGAUCAAGCAACGAGAAGAAGAGGAAACGAAAAAACGUCAAGCACAUAUCUUCGGUGCAGACAUUUAG